GCGGGCAGAGCGCGGAGCCGGCGGCGGGCGCUGCCGGCACAGCCAGCAUGUCCUCCAUCCUGCCCUUCACUCCUCCCAUCGUCAAGCGGCUCCUGGGCUGGAAGAAAGGCGAGCAGAACGGGCAGGAGGAGAAAUGGUGCGAGAAGGCGGUGAAGAGCCUGGUGAAGAAGCUGAAGAAGACGGGGCAGCUGGACGAGCUGGAGAAGGCGAUCACCACGCAGAACAUCAACACCAAGUGCAUCACCAUCCCCAGGUCCCUGGAUGGAAGGCUGCAGGUGUCCCACAGGAAGGGGCUCCCCCACGUCAUCUACUGCCGCCUGUGGCGCUGGCCCGACCUGCACAGCCACCACGAGCUGCGCGCCAUGGAGAUGUGCGAGUUCGCCUUCAACAUGAAGAAGGACGAGGUCUGCGUCAACCCCUACCACUACCAGAGAGUGGAGACCCCAGUGCUGCCCCCGGUGCUGGUGCCGCGGCACACGGAGAUCCCGGCCGAGUUCCCGCCCCUGGAUGACUACAGCCACUCCAUCCCAGAGAACACUAACUUCCCUGCAGGUAUCGAGCCCCAGAGCAACUACAUUCCAGAGACCCCUCCUCCAGGCUACCUGAGUGAGGAUGGAGAAACCAGUGACCACCAGAUGAACCCCAGCAUGGAUGCAGGUUCUCCAAACUUAUCACCAAACCCCAUGUCUCCAGCACACAACAACCUGGACCUGCAGCCCGUGACCUACUGCGAGCCGGCCUUCUGGUGCUCCAUCUCCUACUACGAGCUCAACCAGAGGGUGGGGGAGACCUUCCACGCCUCGCAGCCCUCCAUGACCGUGGACGGCUUCACCGACCCCUCCAACUCGGAGCGCUUCUGCCUGGGGCUGCUGUCCAACGUCAACCGCAACGCGGCCGUGGAGCUCACCCGGCGCCACAUCGGCCGCGGCGUGAGGCUGUACUACAUCGGCGGGGAGGUGUUCGCCGAGUGCCUCAGCGACAGCGCCAUCUUCGUGCAGUCGCCGAACUGCAACCAGCGCUACGGCUGGCACCCGGCCACGGUGUGCAAGAUCCCGCCAGGCUGUAACCUGAAGAUCUUUAACAACCAGGAGUUCGCGGCGCUGCUGGCGCAGUCGGUGAACCAGGGCUUCGAGGCCGUGUACCAGCUGACGCGCAUGUGCACCAUCCGCAUGAGCUUCGUCAAGGGCUGGGGCGCCGAGUACAGGAGGCAGACGGUGACCAGCACUCCCUGCUGGAUCGAGCUGCACCUCAACGGGCCCCUGCAGUGGCUGGACAAGGUCCUGACACAGAUGGGCUCCCCCAGCAUCCGCUGCUCCAGCGUCUCCUAAGGAACCCCCUGGGGCCCUGGGGAACGAGGACUGCAACACCCUUAGCAAAGGCUUAGUAAACAACUCCCCAGUUACUCAAGCGAUGAGAAAAAAAAUCUGCUUCAAAAACAAAAAGAAGCAGGUUUUUUUUGUUUUGUUGUUGUUUUUAAAUACCCAUUUAAGCCACUUCCACUGAAACUGUCGGCACUUUGGUCGGGCUGCAGUUGGAAUUUGGAGCUGGAGUUGGUGAGGAUGAAGAGCUGGAAGUUGUUUCAGUGGAGAGCAGGCACUGCUCACCUGCCCCCAGGCUGUGUGUGGCACAGGAGCCAUCCCAGCUGCCGGGAAGCUUCCCCUUCCCUCACACAGCUCCAGGCUCUGCAGCAUCCCAGGAACACCAGGGCCUGAGGGCUCCAAGAUGGGAACACCAGGGCCUGUGGGACUCUGGGAUGGCUCCUGCUCUUGAAUUCCUUCCCCACCCACCUGAUGCACACCCAUACUGCAGCAGCAGGGGGAAGGAGGCAUUUCAAACACCCAGAAGAAGGAAUUCCCCAGGAAUGUUCCGAAAAGGAAGGAAUUUCCCACCCUGGACUUGCAGCAAGGAGGCAGAGCCUUGCCUGGUGCCCAGGGACGAUGCCCUCAAGGAUCAGCCUGGAUUCACAUGGAGCCAAAGCCCACCUGGGGGCUCUUUGUGGUGUUGCUGCUGCGAUGUUUGACUGGAGUGCUCCCAGAGGGAGGACUGUCCCUGGGGAGCCGUGCCUGGAGCACCAGGCUGGUUCUGUGCAGUCUGUCUGCAUUCACCCUGCAGCUCUGGGCUGUGCUUUCCCAGUCUCUGCCUCUGCAGAGCCCGAGGGGCUCCUGCCCAGGUGAGCAGGGCUGGAAUGUCCAGGCCUGGCUGUGGAGCAGCCCUGGAGGGGGAGCCCGUGCUGUCACAUGCAGCAGCCAGGACAUCUCAGACUCCACCAGCCCUCUGUGGGAAACUGUUCCAGCUGAUGAAAAUGCUCUAAGAUGUGUUUUUGCCUGGAGAAAUUGGGAGAGUGUGUAUUUACUUGUAUUAUAAAAUGUUCAUUUUAAACAUACAUGCUCCAGACUGUUUAAUAUUUUUUAUCCCUGCAGCAACUGUCGUGGCAAACAAUUUCCACAACUGGAAAAAACCCUUAGCACUUGUUUUUAUGGUUCACAUUUGCCAAAUAAGUCUCAUAACUUUGUCAGUGCUGUCCAAUUAUCUGUUUCUUUAUAUCUGCAGUGAAUAUCUUAUGCAUUUGUGCCAAAAUAUUAGAGGGGGAGGGGAGAAAGUGAUAAUCAGUUUCCUAUGGAAAUCUUUUUUUUCUUGUUUUUUUAUCUAUGAAAGACAAACAAGCUGGAUGUGGGAAGGACUGACUGGGAUGGACUUGAGGAUGGUUUUGAUAAAACUUUAGUCCUGCAAACUUCUGUGGGAGUGCCCUGAUCCACGGGGGGAACUGACUGGAUCAAACACCACCAGGAAUUUCCAUGCUCCUCCCUUGCCAAGGCUCCUUCCUCAGAGACGUCUGCCAGCCUCUCCUGCUUGGCACAGCCUGACACACUGCUGGAGCUGAGGGGACCCAGUGCCACCAGAACAGAUCGCAGAGGCCGCUGCUGCUGCUGCUGAAUGCAGAUGAAGGGCUGGUUUGGGGAGUUCCCUUCCAGAGACAAGGAACUGCCUUGUUACACAUCUGAAAUGCAAGGAGGCCUCUGAUGGUGGAUGUGCUCCUGGUCACACAGGACCUUGGAUGUCCUGGCUGAGUCUGGACUGCAGCUGCUCUGUGCAGCACAGCACAAGCAGCACUGGAGGCUUUUGGAUGUUUGUUAAAUUUUACAGUGUGCCUGAUGUGAGUUACAGGUCUGCCUGCACAGACUGGGACAAGAAGAGAUCUGUAUAAAAUAGGAGUUAUUUGGGCCUUUUACAAAGCAGGUCUGUUGUCACCAUGGAUUG